ACCUGCUCUGUGCUCUGUCCCUUUAAAGAAAGACAAAGAUCAAAGGUUGUCUAUUUAUCAGCGACCAGCGCACUUGGUUCCGAAGAUAAAAAAAUUGAUUUGUGCAAGUAACGGCAGCAUUAGAAGGUGUUAGAUCGAGUGCAGAGUCUACAGCUUGAAGAUGUCUUCUCUGACCAAAGGUAUUUUUAUCGUCGCUGCCAAGCGCACUCCGUUCGGCUCCUACGGAGGCAAAUUCGUGAACAAGAGCGCCGCUGACCUGCAGGAGGUGGCCGCCAAGGCUGCCCUCGCCGCUGGAAAUGUUAAGGCCGACUCGAUUGACCACGUCAUCGUGGGAAAUGUUCUCGGCGCUACGUCGACCGACUCCAUCUACCUGUCCAGGCACGUCUCGCUCAGGGUGGGAGUGCCCAUCACAAAGCCAGCCCUCACCGUCAACCGCCUGUGCGGCUCAGGAUUCCAAUCCAUUGUCAAUGGAGCCCAUAACAUUUCGGCCGGAGACGCCGGCGUGGUCCUCACUGGUGGCGUGGACAACAUGAGCCAGUCGCCUCACAUGGUGCGUGGACUGCGCUUCGGUCUUCCUCUUGGCGCCUCUCCCGUCAUGGAGGAUUCGCUGUGGGCUGGCCUGACCGACUCCUACUGCAAGAUGCCCAUGGCCAUCACUGCCGAAAAUCUGGCUGAAAAGUACAAGAUCAGCAGGGACCAGGUCGAGGAAUACGCCCUCGGCUCUCAGCAGCGUUGGAAGAACGCCCAAGACAACGGCUAUUUCAAGGCUGAGAUCGCCCCCGUCAGCGUCAAGGUCAAGGGAAAGGAGGUCAGCAUCGAAAUCGACGAGCACCCAAAGCCAGCGGCCACCAAGGAGGGCCUCGCCAAGCUGCCUUCCAUCUUCAAGAAGGGCGGAACCGUCACUGCUGGAACUGCUUCUGGCGUGUGCGAUGGCGCCGGAGCCGUCGUUCUGGCGAGCGAGGAGGCAUGCUCAAAGCUGAACCUGACGCCACUGGCGCGCCUCGUGGGAUACAGCGUGGUCGGUGUGGAGCCCAGCAUCAUGGGCAUCGGUCCUGCACCCGCCAUCAGCAUGCUGCUGCAGAAAGCCGGAAAGUCUCUGGCCGACAUCGACCUCGUCGAGAUCAACGAGGCGUUCGCCGCCCAGACCCUUGCCUGCGCCAAGGAACUGAAGCUGGACACUAGUAAGCUGAACGUGAACGGUGGCGCUAUCGCCCUUGGACACCCCUUGGCCGCGUCCGGCUCCAGGAUCACCGCCCACCUUGUCCACGAAUUGAGGAGGAGGAAGGCAAAGCUUGGCAUUGGAUCCGCUUGCAUCGGCGGUGGCCAGGGAAUCGCCUUGCUCAUCGAGAGCAUCCACUAAUUUUGGAUUCGUCUAAAAAAUGCUCUUUUGAACUGCAAAAGACUUCAUGCUUAUUUUAGCUCUGAUGUAAUACUUUCAAUUCAAAGUCUGUUGAACUGAUGCUAUUAAAUCUUUAACUGUUAUAUAUUUCUAAAACAA